AUGUCUAAUGGAUGCAAGCUGUCAGGGCCUGGCAGUAACCAGUCCCAACCAAAAAUAUUUCCCCCUGGGACUGGUUCAUCAGAUUCCAGCUCUGCUCUCACAGUGGAAAAUGUGAAAAGGCUGGAAAAGGAGUACAUGACUUCUAAAGAAGCCUUCAAUAAGCAGAGAAUACAAGAUUAUAUUAAGCAGACUAAUCUUACUCACUUCAACAAAGACACAACUAGGAAAAGCAGCACAGAGCUUGUCUGGGAAGCAGAGCCUGAAGGAUCCUCCUCAUCCUUUCCUGCAAAGCAGAGUGAAAAUAGCAAAGGAGUUUGCUGGAAGACCUCUGAAGAAAUUUCAAGGAAAGAUAAGCUAUUAACAGCACCAGCGACAGAUUCCCUGUCAGCUCAGCCCACUGGCUCUAAGCGGAAGGAAUCCAAACAGCGUGUAGACAUCUAUCCUGUCUCCUGCCACAGCAGAAGGCACGACAUGGAAGAUGAGAUGACCCAGACGGAGUGGAGCUAUUCAGAUGAGUCCCUGGCUGCCAGGAAGGACGGUAAAUUCAUUUAAAGCUGCCCUGCUGUUUCAGUAAUAGGAGAGAAGAGCUCAGAGGCUGUGGGUGGCGGGAGCAGCCUUAAGCCCACAGAAGACCAAGCCGUGGAAGUGCUCUCCAGGGACACCGAGGUGUACUCCAAGGCUGGAGAUAAGGAGGAACCAACCGAAACCAAGGAAGAGGCAGCGGCCGAGGAUGGAGAGGAGAAUAGCCAAGCAGGACUGUAUGAGCAAGCUUCACGGGAGCCUGUUGAGCUUGCCCAAGGGAGUCCAAGGCUGGAGUUAGACGAGGAGCCGCUGUCCACGGGAGGAGAGUGUGAGGAUGACGGGAUGGCUGUGACUGCCCUCCACCUGGGUGAGACCGCCUGGACCAAUGACUCUGCAAAGUGCACCUUUUGCAGCGCUCCUGAAAAGCCGAUCCCAACAGUGGUGGAUCUGAAGGAACAGCCCCAGGAAAAUCUCUUUUGCUGCAGGAGAUAUAAGGAAGUGUUUGACGCUGUCAUCCAAGAGCUGAUGAGUGAAGAUGAAGUGGAGGAAGAGCUGGACACAGCUCCCUGUGCCGACCCUUCCCAAGCUGAGCUGAGGAGCAGCAUCAAGAAGAAACUGCUGCAACAGUUAGGCGAAGGAGGCUUUGAGAGCUACAGGGAAAUAUUCCAGCAGUAUCUGAGAUUUGUUGCCUGGACCAGAAUCUCGUUCAGACUCUCAGAACAAAACAAAUAUGCUGUCAGACUGAAAACUGUCCCUUUCAAAAAGCACCGACUGACAUCAGCACCUCCAGAAGACCUGCUGGAGCCAGACAGCGAGUUUGUUGCAGAGCACUUAAAGCACUGCCGUUCUCCUGAGCCCGUAAGACGACGUUAUCCUGACGGACAGACAUUUUUCCUCUUGUUCCUGGAUGGAAGCGGUCAGGUUUACUACCCGUCGGGCAACUUGGCCAUUCUCAUCACGUUCACCAAGGAAGCUCUGUUCACCUAUUGCAUCCUGGAGGACAGCAGGUACCCAGAGAUCAGGGCUGCCUUCGGGAGCCACGGCCACGGGCUCUGCUUCCACCCCGACGGCCACCUCUGGGCUGCCCUGGAUCCUUGCACCGCGAUCUGCUUGGACCGGGCAGGGAACAGUCAGAAGCGCUGGAAGUGGCAUGACUUCAGCCACCACACUCACAGCCCUCCUUUCCAGCCCAUCACCAUGAAACUGAACGGCCACCUCACUGUUAAAAUCCUGGCUCAGGAUCAAAUCCACUUAUUGUUCACCAGCCGCAGCGAUCGUAUUCGUUUCAACGUGGGGUCCCGGCUCAAGUUAAAAGACCCAGAGACAAGUCACCUGCUGAAGCCGCCAGAAAGCCAAGAGGAGCUCUUCCUUCAGUCUAAAAAGAUUCAGCUCAGGAACCUGCUGUUCAAAAUACAGACAGCGUUGCGAUGCUUUUGGCAACCCCUCUCUCAGUGAUAUCACACCUCGUGUUUCAUCGUCUUCUAUCUGCACGAAAUACCGAAAUGAAGGUCUUAAGACUCGCAGCAAGCAGUUACAUCAGCAUUUCAGAUCAACUUUGCCUUCACCAAGGAGGUAACGGUCACUUUGUGAUAAAAAUAAAGCUCCUUUUUUCAAGUUCCCAAUGCCCAUCUCCCUGUACAUCAAGUCCUUGUAACACCAAACUCAUCUCGGUUGAAAGCACUUGAUGGAUCCUGGUACGAUCAGUGGGGUCAUACGCCGAAAUGUGCAGUACUUCGAAGGAGAUGGCUUCAUUCCUACAGCUGAU